GGAGAUCUUAUCAGAAAGUGCCUGAAACAGAAAGAGAUCAUUGGUUUGAGGAAUUCAGAUUGACUCAUCCAUUUGCGGACUCGGAAAAAAAGAAAUUCAGAAGGCUUUUUGACAAAUACAGUAGCCAAGGUCUCAAGAAAAUGUUACAAAAGGCACGAAAUGGAAAUGUGCCACCAAAAUAUAUUGGUGAGAAUGAUUUCAAAGAACUGCAGACAUAUUGGGCCUCUCCGGAGUUCAAAAAACUUAGCGCUAAGGGGAAAAAAGCUCGAUCAUCAGAAUCAUGCAAAAACAACCCAUAUUGUGGAGGGUCAAUCACUACAGCUGAUCAUAAGAAAAGAUUGAGGAAAAUACUUGGUAGGAGGAUUUUCAUGCGGGAGUUGUAUGCUGUCACAUGGAAGAGAAAAAGAACUCGUGAAUGGAGUGGUCCAAGGAUAAAAAGAUGCUAUGAAAAUUUUCUAACUGCUAGACAAAAAGCAAGAGAGGAGGUCAAUGAUGACUCACCACCUAUAGACGAGGAUGAAAUUUUUAUGGAGCAUUUUGGACCUCCCGAAUGUGGUAAGAUUUUCGGGUUAGGGAGUCUUUCUAGCGAGGUUCAAACCAAAUCUCGAGGUGACACGUCGACUUCCAUGCAUUGUGAUAAUUUAGAGGAAUUAAUUGAUAAGCAUAUCAAAGUUGCACUUACUACUAGCAUUCGGGAGUGUAUAGAAGGCUCAGUUCAAACUGUAGUUCGAGCUGUUAUUGAAGAAAAUGAUAGGACAUGGAUGGCUCGUUUUGCUGAGUACCGUAACUCUUUGGCCAUUCAAAACUCCGGAAUUCCUGCUCAAACUCUAGCUCCAAGUACUUCCAUAUUUCCGUUCCAACAAUUACCGUUCUCACAAAUGGCAUCACAAGGGCAAUCUUUUCAAAAUGGAGCAAUGAAUUUUACAGACUUGAUGAAUUUUAGCUCGUCAUUGUUGCCGCCGCCGUCUAGAAAUUAGUUUUAGAUAUUUUUUCAACUUUUCGUUUUUGC